GAGCCCGGGCUCGGCUUCGCGCUCGCUCCGCGCCCCGCCCUCCGCCGCAGCCCGCGCCGGGGGUGGGGGCCCGCGCAGCCCCCGGCCGGCCGCCCGCACCGCGUCCGCCCUCCUUCCCUCCCUCCCUCCACUGAUCCUGUCCCCCCCCCCAUUCCCGGAUUAUUAACUCGGCAGCCAGUGGCGACUGGAUCCAGCGAGUCCUGGCCGCCGGGCCGGGGCCGGGGCGCCCGGAGCGCUUGGGGAUCCUGCAAGGUGACCAUGGCCUUGCUGGGGAAGCACUGUGACAUCCCCACCAACGGCUGCGGGUCUGAGCGCUGGAACUCCAACUUCGCCCGCAAGGACGAGCUCAUCAACAGCCUGGUGUCCGCCUUAGACUCUAUGUGCUCGGCGCUCUCCAAGCUGAACACUGAGGUGGCCUGUGUGGCGGUACACAAUGAGAGCGUCUUCGUGGUGGGCACCGAGAAGGGAAGGAUGUUUUUGAACACGCGGAAGGAGCUGCAGUCAGACUUCCUCAGGUUCUGCCGGGGACCCCUAUGGAAAGAUCCAGAAGCAGGACACCCUAAAAAGGUGCAGCGCUGCGAGGGUGGUGGCCGGAGCAUCCCGCGGUCCUCGCUGGAGCAGUGCUCGGAUGUGUACCUGCUGCAGAAGAUGGUAGAGGAAGUGUUUGAUGUUCUUUAUAGUGAGGCUAUGGGCAGGGCCAGCGUGGUACCUUUGCCCUAUGAGAGGCUGCUUAGGGAGCCGGGGCUUCUGGCCGUGCAGGGACUGCCCGAGGGCCUGGCCUUCCGGAGGCCAGCCGAGUAUGACCCCAAGGCGCUCAUGGCCAUUUUGGAGCACAGCCACCGAAUACGGUUUAAGCUCAGGAGGCCUCCUGAUGAUGGUGGACAGGACUCCAAGGCACUGGUGGAGAUGAAUGGUGUCACCCUGCUACCCAAGGGGUCCCGAGACUGCAGUCUGCACGGCCAAGCCUCCAAGGUCACUCCCCAGGACCUGCCCCCCACCGCCACCCCAUCCUCCGUGACCAACUUCCUGUACAGCACUUCAGUGCCCAACCACACCAUCCGGGAACUCAAGCAGGAGGCACCCACCUGCCCAUUGACCCCCAGCGACUUGACCUUGGGCUGGCCUGUACCUGAGUCCCAGGUCCCUAGUGCCCAAGAUUUCUCCGACUGCUGUGGACAGAAGCCCGCAGGACCUGCUGGGCCUCUCAUCCAGAAUGUCCAUGCUUCCAAGCGGAUCCUCUUCUCCAUUGUCCAUGACAAGUCAGAGAAGUGGGACGCCUUCAUCAAGGAGAUGGAGGACAUCAACACCCUGCGGGAGUGCGUGCAGAUCCUGUUUAACAGCAGAUACGCGGAAGCCCUGGGCCUGGACCACAUGGUCCCUGUCCCCUAUAGGAAGAUUGCCUGUGACCCCGAGGCUGUGGAAAUUGUGGGCAUCCCGGACAAGAUCCCCUUCAAGCGGCCCUGUACUUACGGGGUGCCCAAGCUAAAGCGGAUUCUGGAGGAGCGGCACAGCAUUCACUUCAUCAUCAAGAGGAUGUUUGAUGAGCGCAUUUUCACAGGGAACAAGUUUACCAAAGACCCCGUGAAGCUGGAGCCAGCCAGCCCACCAGAAGACACUUCUACAGAGGUCUGUAGGGACACUAUGCUGGACCUGGCUGGGACUGCUUGGUCAGACAAGAGCAGUGUCUCUGAAGACUGUGGGCCAGGAACCUCAGGAGAGCUAGGAAUUUUGAGGCCCAUCAAAAUUGAGCCUGAGGAGCUGGACAUCAUUCAGGUUACUGUUCCAGACCCUUCACCAACUUCUGAGGAGAUGGCCGACUCACUACCUGGGCAUCUGCCCUCGGAGGAUUCCGGUUAUGGGAUGGAAAUACCGGCUGAUAACCUAAAGGUGUGCUCUGUUUCAAGCCUAAGACCUCACACGUCCCAGGCAAGCACUCUCGAACUGAGCUGCGUCCCCAGCCCUACGUACAAAGGUCCCAGUGAGGAGCCAUGGCCAGAAGAGAGGCCGGCAGAAGAAAGUCCUGGUGAUGUGAUCCGGCCCUUGCGGAAGCAGGUGGAGAUGCUGUUCAACACUAAAUAUGCCAAAGCCAUCGGUACCUCGGAGCCAGUCAAGGUACCCUACUCCAAGUUCCUGAUGCACCCCAAGGAGCUGUUUGUGCUGGGUCUGCCUGAAGGCAUCUCUCUUCGCAGACCCAACUGCUUUGGAAUUGCCAAGCUUCGGAAGAUUCUGGAAGCCAGCAACAGCAUUCAGUUUGUCAUCAAGAGACCCGAACUGCUUACUGAUGGUGUCAAAGAGCCUGUAACCGAGACUCAAGAGAGGGACUCCUGGGACCGUCUUGUGGACGAGACCCCGAAGAGACAGGGCCUUCAAGAAAAUUACGACACCAGACUCUCGCGGAUCGACAUCGCCAACACGCUUAGGGAACAAGUCCAAGACCUGUUUAACAAGAAAUAUGGUGAAGCUUUGGGCAUCAAAUACCCGGUGCAGGUACCCUACAAACGAAUCAAAAGCAAUCCAGGCUCGGUAAUCAUCGAAGGCCUGCCUCCUGGGAUCCCAUUCCGCAAGCCCUGCACCUUUGGCUCCCAGAACCUGGAAAGGAUCCUCGCUGUGGCUGACAAGAUCAAGUUCACAGUCACCAGGCCAUUCCAAGGACUCAUCCCAAAGCCUGAUGAGGAUGACGCCAACAGACUCGGGGAGAAGGUGAUCCUCCGAGAGCAAGUGAAGGAGCUCUUCAAUGAGAAAUACGGUGAGGCCCUGGGACUGAAUCGGCCUGUGUUGGUCCCUUACAAACUGAUCCGGGACAGCCCAGACGCUGUGGAGGUGAAAGGCCUCCCAGAUGACAUCCCCUUCCGAAACCCCAACACCUAUGACAUCCAUCGACUGGAGAAGAUCCUGAAGGCCAGGGAGCAUGUGCGGAUGGUUAUCAUCAACCAGCUUCAACCUUUUGCCGAAGUCUGCAAUGAUGCCAAGGUGCCAGGGAGUUCAGGAGGCCGACGCAGAACGGCCCCCAGCAUCCGGUCUCAGCAACUGUUUCUCCCAUCAGCCAAAGACAUUCCCAAGCGCAAGAGGAAGCGGGUCUCGGAAGGCAACUCGGUCUCCUCCUCUUCCUCUUCUUCAUCCUCGUCCUCUAACCCAGAGUCUGUGGCAUCCACCAACCAGAUCUCCCUUGUGCAGUGGCCAGUGUACAUGGUGGACUAUUCCGGACUAAACGUGCAGCUUCCAGAUCCCCUCGACUAUUAGACCUCAGAGCCGAAUCAGGACCUCAACUCAGAAAGACUAAAGGAAAUGUAAUUUAUGUACAAAGUAUAUUCGGAUAUGUAUCGAUGCCUUUUAGUUUUUCCAAUGAUUUUUACACUAUAUUCCUGCCGCCAAGGCCUUUUUAAAUAAG